CCGCCUAGUCCCAGAGCCAUCGAGAGGCAGGGAGGGCUCGAGCCCUGGACGCUGCUGGGAAGUGCGAUCAACCGCCCCCCACCCCGCUAGUUGGGCUGGUUUCUUUGUCUGGAGUUCGCCCCUUUCCCCCUUGGGAUGCUGGCCGUUCGCCCUGUGGAGACUGUGGCUGGGGAUGUGGAAGAAGCUGUGGAAUAAUAUGGGUGGCAACCACUCCCACAAAACUCCCGUGUUUGAUGAGAAUGAAGAUGUUAAUUUUGACCACUUUCAAAUACUGCGAGCUAUUGGGAAAGGGAGUUUUGGAAAGGUGUGCAUUGUGCAGAAGAGAGACACCAAGAAAAUGUAUGCCAUGAAGUACAUGAAUAAACAAAAGUGUAUUGAGAGAGAUGAAGUUCGGAAUGUCUUUCGGGAGCUACAGAUCAUGCAGGGCCUUGAGCAUCCCUUCCUAGUCAAUCUGUGGUAUUCUUUUCAAGAUGAAGAAGACAUGUUCAUGGUGGUAGAUCUGUUACUUGGAGGGGAUCUGCGUUACCACCUACAACAGAAUGUGCAUUUUAACGAAGGAACUGUUAAAUUAUAUAUUUGUGAAUUGGCACUUUCACUGGACUAUUUGCAGAGAUAUCAUAUAAUUCACAGAGAUAUCAAACCUGACAACAUACUGCUGGAUGAGCACGGGCAUGUUCACAUCACUGACUUUAACAUAGCGACUAUAGUCAAAGGAUCAGAAAAGGCUUCCUCUAUGGCUGGCACUAAGCCCUAUAUGGCUCCAGAAGUGUUCCAGGCCUUUAUGGACGGAGGUCCAGGAUAUUCAUACCCAGUAGACUGGUGGUCACUAGGAAUUACAGCAUAUGAAUUGCUGCGGGGUUGGAGGCCAUACGAAAUUCAUUCAGCCACUCCAAUUGAUGAGGUCCUCAACAUGUUCAAGAUAGAAAGAGUUCAUUACUCAUCCACAUGGUGCAAGGGCAUGAUAGCAUUGCUGAAAAAGCUCCUCACUAAGGACCCCGAGUGCCGCCUUUCAAGCCUUGCAGACAUUCAGAGCUCUCCGUACUUAGCUGAUAUCAACUGGGAUGCUGUCCUGGAGAAAGCUGUGACACCAGGCUUUGUUCCGAAUAAAGGAAGACUGAAUUGUGACCCUACAUUUGAACUAGAAGAAAUGAUUUUAGAGUCCAAACCCCUUCAUAAAAAGAAAAAACGACUUGCAAAAAACAAAUCCAAAGAUGGAGCAAAAGAAAGCUGUUCACUGAAUGUACACCUGCAGCAGUGCUUGGAAAGUGUGAGGAAAGAAUUCAUCAUAUUCAACAGAGAAAAACUGAGAAGACAGCAGGAACAGAGUGGUCAGACGUCUAGUUUGGACAGGAGAGCAUCCCUUCAAACACAUGGAAAACUUCAGGAUGGACGCAACAACAACCUACUGGGACAUGGGUGCACAAAAGGCUGCAGCAGCUAGUUGGACAUGCAUCUUGUUGCACAGUUUAACACCGAAAGGGUCCGUGAAAGCUCAUCUCUGUGCACAGCUUGAUAUUUCACCUCCCCCAUCCCCCCAUCUCGGAAAACUGACUCCUACAAAAAAGUGCAAUCCCAUUGCUGAGUACAAAAAUACAAAGCACACAGAUUGGAUGCUCAAUUUACACAGAUGACACUGUUUCUCUUUAGACUGUGCUACCAGAAAAAUGACCAUCAGCAGCAAAAUAUAAGGGGUUUCUAUGUUGACCCUCCUUUUGUAACAUCUUCAAAAUCCUGGAGCAAAACUUGAAAGAAUUCAUUUGGACAUAGUCUCCAUGGUUGGCAAGUUUCUGGUUACUUGCAAGAUACAAUGCUGUCUUGGCCAGCUUUGUCCUUAAAAUCUUACAUUAUCAAAGGAAAUACUCUGCCAUCUCUGUUAAUUAAAACAAUCUACUUAAAUUGGAAUAUGGAAUUUUGGGAGAGUGCUAAACACAGGCCAAACAUUUGCCAUUAAGGUCAUAAUGUAUGUAUACAGUGUAAAUAUAUUAAUGUAGUUUGAAAUAGACCAAAUAUCUAAUACUUUCAUUUAACUAUCUGAAAUGAGUUGAAAGAGUCGUAGCAUGAAUGUUCUUUAACUUUAUUCAUUCUGCUUGAUAGUAGAAGACCUGAUCCUGGUCUCAUUAAAGUCAAUGAGAGGUUUGUUGUUGAUUUUAGUGGCAGCAGAAUCAGACACAUGGAUAGUGUAUUAUUAUGAAAGUGAAAGAUCAUAGGCUGUGCAAUUGAGAACUCAAAAUCUGAGAACUAAAAUUGUUAGAAAUUUGCUCAUGUCCCUAACAUUUAGAGAGAAAGAUGUUGUUAUAAACUGUGAAAAAGUAAUGUGUCUGUUUCCAGUGAUCUGUUCUGGUUAAGAAUUGUCUUAGACAGGGAAAAAUACAUCCACUUACUUAGGAGUAACACUCAUAUAAAACACUUUUAAAAAAAAAUUAUGGACACCUCCAUAUAUUUAUAGUAUUUUCAUAAUUUGGUACAUCUACAUUUUGUUAAUAAGUGCAUAAUUGUUCUGCUGUGUUGUUUUAAUAUUUUUUAAGAUCAA